AUGAGAACCAACUUAGAAGUACCUUUAACAUCAUCUAUGAGUGAUGGUAAUCCGACUCCGGGUCAAGAUCACAACCACGAGGGAUCGGUCCCUUCUACAUGCUCUACAUCAUCGUCCACUGCUACCAUCAUGAAAAAGGACGGAAGAACAAAGACGGUAACGGCUCCUUCUCCUACUUUCUCUGUCAAAAGUACCAGUACGAAGCCCGGUGAGAAAGACAAGGGGUCCACGGUCAUCAAGGAGGUGAUGGCGCUUCAGCCUAUUGAAGUCCAGGCAUUACAAGAGGAAAUUGAAGUAAGAUUGAGAGAAGGGGAGAAGAUCAUGCUCAAGGAAGGUACGUCUGAAAGGAACUCGGAGAGGAAUUAG